UUCCUUGUUCCUGGAGGACACACCCAGAAAUGUUGGUUUAGAAACAGUGCUAUGGGCAUCAACAAAAUAUACAAAAUAAUGAAUGAAAUGAAAGAAGAGGCCGGGAUUGAAGCACCACGCAUAACACCAUACAGUGCAAGGAAGCGUCUCAUCCAAAAGUUAUCCGAUGAUGGAGUCCCAGCCAAUCAGAUUGUGCAAAUCUCCGGACACAAAAAUGUUAACAGUCUCAAUAACUACAGCAAACUGAAUAAUGCACAAAGCAAAAAUAUUUCCGACAUACUGUCAGACAAAGCCACUAGCUCCGCUGUAGCAACAACCACUGCUCAAAGUAACAGCUUGGAGAACUCAGAAAGGCAGAUGCCAAAAGGAUUCUUCCAAAAUAGUCAUUUCCAUGGAAAUGUGACCUUCAACUUUCAUAAUUCAAGAACUGAGACCCAACAACUUUCACAGCAGGUGAUCUGUUCAAGUCCAAAAGCUGCCAACAGUUGUGUGGAGGAAAGUCAACAUUCCCCCAUACAAAAACAGUACAAAAGAAUCCGUAUGAUUUCAGAAAGCGACAGUGACUAGAAACUUGAGGACUCAUGACAUAUGUCGUUGUGAAUUUUCUGUUGACUGUUCUUUCAAAGUUGAUUAUUCCAUUAACAGUUUUUCAGUUUGAAUUUGUUAUAACAUUUACAUAACUAACAUGGUGGUGAUUCACAAAUGUAUUAAAUCAAAAGAAAUGAUUCACUGAAUAUUUACUAUUGAAUCUAAUGCACUUACCAGUAAAAGUAAACUGAUGGCUGGACUUAUGCUGUCUGUAUUCUUUAAUCCCAGUUGAAACAUGCUCUAAACAGCUAAAGUUGAAGAUUUUUGGGUUU